CACUGACAGUGCCUCGUCUAGUCAAGAGAAAAAUUCUCACAACACACCACCCUGCUGAUCAGAAAUGAACAAUGGCAGCUCUGGACUUCAUGGUUUUUGUUUGUGUUUCUGUUCUGCUGUUUGAAGGUGGAUUCAGUGUUGAACGCAUCCAUGUUUUCUACCGUUCUGGUCAAAUGGCCAUAAUACCCUGUGGUCGGACUCCACCCUCAACAUGUUCUAAGGUUGGGUGGUUUGACGACAACGGCCCUCCAAUUGAAUUUCAAGAGGGAAAUGGUCAGAGCCCACCCACAGAUGUCAGGUUUCAUCUGUCCUCUAACUGUUCUCUGGUCAUUAACAACGUCUCUGGUGAGGAUGCUAGUAGAUACCUUUGUCGUCCUGACCAACAGAGAAAUGAUCAGGACACAUUUUUGUACCUGAACAUCCUGACAGUCUCUGAAUCUCCUCCAGACGCUGAUCCAAACAGAGAUGGAAGCAUCACAUUACAGUGCUCUCUGAACAGAACCAGGUCAUUCCGUUGUCCAGAGAACAGUUUGCGCUGGGAGAAUGAGGAAAGGUCUGAGCUGACGGGCACACGCAGUUCCAUCAGACAAAGAAACUGUGUCUCUACUAUAACUGUGAAACGUUCGAGUGGACACAACAGGAGAUACACCUGCCUGUUUGUGGAUGAGAAUCAAGUAAGGAUAUCUGCAGACCACACACUUGUCUUCAUCACUGAGAGAAAAGAUGGUCAGACGGAAAAUUCGAGUACAGAUCCUGUUUUUUUUAUCAGGCUCAUCAUUGUGUGUGUGGGUUUAACAGGCCUCUCAUUGACUGCUUGUGUUCUCCCCCGGUGGAUGAAUAGGAAACGGAAUACGACACAGAUCAGUCAAAAUGAAGUGGUCAUGUCUCACCGUGUUGCGGAGGCUUCUGCAGCCUCCACUGACCCUGACGUCACAUAUGAAAACCAACAAAACACAUAAGAGGACACAGAGUCGUCUGGAACAUCUCACCCAUCAGCGUUUAGUGGGUUUUCUGCUGUACAUUUAAUCUAUAUAGACAUGAUUUUUCUGAGUCCUGUGUAUCCUGAGUCCUGUGUAUUUGGAUCUGUAACAAUUGUGCAGGUAUAUAUUCAAUUAUUUCAGAUUAAUGUGUUUGAUUUUUUUUUUUUUUUUUUUACAGGAAAAUUUUGUAUAUCAUUAAAAUCAAAUCCGCUUCAUUGUAAUCCAUGGACGAAUGAUAUACUGUAGGCGGAUGUAAAACCUUUAUUUUAAAUCUUAUUGUACAUUUUAAGACGGAAAAAAAAAAAAAAAAAAAAUCAAAAAUGUACAUUGUCUUAAAAACCUCAUUCGUUGACUCUAAAAAUAGAAUUAUCAUCUUCAGUACUACACAAUACCUGCCACAGCAGU